AUGAUAGAACGCAUGGCACAUGAGCCGAAUACACAGGAUCUGAACGAUCUGCUUGAUCUUCUACGCGCUUUGAAUGAGCUCGGAUCUCACCCCGAUGUGGACUCAAGAAAACUGAGAGAAAUUCGUAUUCUCUGGCAGGUAAUCUUGGGAAUCGAUGAACACCUCUUUGAUCAGUUACACUACACGAAUAUGAGCUUGGAGAUACGAUCGCAUCUUGGACGAACGAGCUUUCAAUGUCUGAGCGGCAAUGACCAUCACACAGAGUUUUCGAUGCAAAACGCUGUCGGUGAUGUACUUUUGACCAAAUCACUGAUACGCUCCAUUGAGGAGGAAACAGGGCCUCACUUGCAGCGAAACAUCACACAGGAAUUGAGCAUGAUAAACAAGAUAAGGCUGGUCCUGUUUGAUCUUGAAAACGUUGUCUCAUGUCUCUCUACAAAAUCACGUCUGGUGGACUGUGUGUCGCAAGCUUACGAGUAUGAACUAUACUACCAUAGAAAAGCUGGACAGCUCUUAGAGGACACCAACAGUGAUCUGAUGAAAGAAGAAGAGUCCCUGGUACCACUCAUGUUUGAAACAAACAACGAGUCCUUCAACACAUGCUAUAAACAGAGCCUGUUGAUGUUGACGGCAUCUGUCCCUUCGGGCGCUCCAGCACCUUCGAAAAUCCAGAAAGCAGCAAGGCUGACGGUGGAAACUUUUAUGAGCAUCAACCGUAUCAAGGUGAUAUAUGAUCUGCAGCUGGUCAGCGAGUAUCAUUUGCGCAUCUUCAAUAUAAUCAAAUAUCCUCUUCGCAACGCACAGAAAAGAGAUAUUCUCGAACGCAAAAUUGACGACUAUCUUUCGCUUAACCCGAUCAUUCCCAUUCUGAAACCUAUAAUACGACAAUUGAUGCAUGAUGACCAACGCGAUACGAACGAUGAAGAUGAGAAUAUCACAGAAAUUUUGAACUUGUUGGAACGACUGCUGGCAAGAUAUCUGGAACGCGAAAAAGCACCUUUGUCUGUGAGGUGGUUCCCGCGUAUAUUUGGGAAAUACAUUGAAUUGUUGAGAGAAGACGGACAGAAUUUGAGCGAGGAUAUAUACUACCAAGAGGUCAAGCGGGCCGCUCUCAAAUGGGGCAAGAGGGAAAUCACUCCCGAGUCUUUUGUUGAGGAUCUCUUGGCUCUGUCUCUCAUUCCAAGUUCAGAGACGUUUUCCUUUCGUGGACAGCUUUUACCGUCCGCGGCUAUGCGAUAUGCUUUGGUGUAUGUGAAAACCGAGGUUGAGCUCAAAAGCAAAUAUUUAAGACUCUGGUUUGAUUCAAUGACGUACGUGCGAACAGACCGUGAGCUUUUGAACAUAUGGAAGAAGUCGGUCACCUCAACUUUCCUUAAAAAAUGGUACGACAAGAGCCAAUUCUAUCUAGUCAAGAAUCAAGAUGCAUCUCAAUUUCGAGACACACAACUUCUCAGGAUCCAAAUUCAAAAAUGGGCCCAGAAAGUGGAAAGAAGAACACAAGUUCAACAUAAAGCGGAUGUGUUCGUUGUCUCCAAGAUGUUUUCCAAAUGGAAGCAGAAAUUCGAACGCUUCAAAGGAUACACUCGCCCCGACGGAAAGGAGUCUUUUUUCCUCAAGAAGAAAUAUUUCAAGCUUUGGAGGACGGCUUCACUGGCUCGUGGUUCAAAGCUAUCAAAAAUUAGCGAUAAAAUGACUCUUCAACUUAUGUUAACCAGGUGGCAGCAGAAGUUCCGAAAACAUCGCCAGCUGAUAUGGAAAGCUGACCAGGCUAGAAAUAUGCUCUUAAAGUCGCAUUAUUUCGAUGUUUGGCAUAGUGAAUCAGCCCCAGGACUAGAUAAAGCAAAAAGGUUGCAAUGCUAUGAAGACCGAUUUAUUCAAGCUAACUAUUUCCACGGAUGGGUGAUGGCGUAUAAUCUUCAUGUCUUAGAAGGUGAGCUAUGCAGGAAUAACAACCGGCACUUGACGCACUGGAUAUUUGAAAAUUGGAAGCAAUUUCAUCGACACCAGAAAGUCUACAAACAGUAUAUUGAGGAAAGAAAUGCCAGUCUCUUGGAGAGAUACUUCAAGAAGUGGAAUACAGCACAUCGGCUGAUUUCUGUUGCAGACGAUUUCAGACGACAGGCUUUGCUACAAAAAGUUUUGGGUCAUUGGAAACUGGUCCUUCAAGAGUCUAAAGUGUACCAUCAGCUAGAGGCGAUCAUCUUGAAGGAAUAUAUGCGAACAUGGCGACUGCGCACGCGUGAGGCUGUGUUUUUGCAAGGUGCAGCCGACAGAGUGACGGAAUUGACAUUCGAGCGGUGGCACUCAUUGGCUAUCAGACGAUCUGAACAGCAGCAGAAGGCCGAGAAGCUUCAUUUGGUGUUCACCAAAAAAUCGUUUUUAAGAUUUUGGGUUUCUAAGCUGGUCCACUCCCAUGAUCUGCUCGUGCGCGCCGAGGUGUGGCGGUUAGAGCACGAUAGAGAACAUGAGAGGAGACAAAUCUCCACAAUAAUGGUAGCUUGGAUCAAAGCAUUUGAAAAUGCUCAAAUAAAGAACUCAAAUUUGCAAGCCAAGCUCGCAGACUACGAAAGGUCUCAUUGCAAAGCCAAAAUGCUCAAGCUCUGGAAGCAAAGGUGGGAAGAUUACUAUCAAGAUGGCCAAGAUGCGGAAAAUUUCAGGACUCUGUCUCUGGAGACAAGAAUGUUCAACAAGUGGCUCCGUGCCUAUGAUAGAAUUUUGGAACUGAACGAGAUUUGCGAUCAUCAUUUGGAGGUGAGCAAUGUCGAUCUCCUUUCUCACAUUGUGUCGCAGAUGUCGCUCAAAGCGAUCAAAAUCCAGAAUGAUCUGCGAAAUGCUGAUCGUUUUAAGGAGAGAUGGUCACGGAAUAAAAAGAGAGUAUUUUUUGAUAUGUGGAGGUUCAGCUACGAGGAAAAGAAAAAUAACAGAGAUGAUGUUUUCGUGGACACGAAUGAAGUCUCAGCGUCAUCUCCGCUGGCACACCGCCGACGAUUCAACGGAGCUGUUCCAGAGACGCCAGGAGUUGCUUUUGGCACGCCCGGACGGUGGCUGCGUACGCCUGCCAUUGCACGGACAAAUUCAAUUCCUGCUACUGAGCGCGUUAGAAGAAUGUACCUCGAGCAACGCCGUAGCCAGUAUCGCCAGGUCAAGCAGAAAUCACCAGAAAAAGGAGACAUCUCGACGCCGACGCGCCGAGCCCGCGUCGAGCGAACAUAUCUGGACGAGGACAACGUAUUCAUACAACGCGACGAAAUAUAA